CCCCAAAAUUUUCAGCCAAUGGCACAUGAGCUGAAUAUGUAUGGCGCGUCCCUCCUACAGGGUCCCUAACAAGAAACAGAUUACAACGCCAACGUUGGUAGAAAUUGGAAUUACGUUCCGUCAAAAAAUAAUUAGUAACGUAUCAACAAAAAAGGAUACCCCUUACUUUCUUUUUAGAAAUUUUGUAUCUAUCAAUAUAUCGUAUAUGUAGAACUUUCACAAUCUAAGGCGCGGCAUGGAAUGUCAUUAAGGGAUUCAAUAUAUUCUCGAAAAGUUAACGUGUCCAUUUAGCUGAUGUAUCAUCACAAUUCAAGAGACUAAAAACGUUAUUAAAUACGAUUUCGAUGUAAUUAUUAUUAUUAACAUUUCGAUUAAGAUUCUAUACGCGUUUCAAAUAUAAAAUUUCCCAAAUUGAAGUCACCUUGCUAAUUGCGAAUUAAACGUUCAAUGACCGCGUACCUGAUAAUUUAAAGAAAAAGCGGGAAAUUUAAAAAAAAAACGCGAUAACAUAAAAAUCUGUUAAAAAAAAAAAAGUGAUCAAAGUAUUGCAUUGUAUAUAUAUUGCGUCGAUAAAACAAAAAGAAAAGGAUGAAGAUUUUCGCAAUAAUGAUUUUGUAAUGUGUGGUAUUCAACAGGUUGUACAAUUCAGUAAACGAAUAGAAAGAGUAAAGGAUACUGGUUGAUGAAAGCCUUUUGCGAUAUUCUUCUUAUAUAACAAAGCAAUUUUGAAUAUAAUGAUAGUGAAGUAAUAAUAAAAAAAUCGUAUAAAUCAUUGAAGCAACUGAUUUACGAUCUUAAUCGAUAUUCACGUUAAGUCUGAUGUAAAAAAAUAAAUUAAUAAUAUUUACGAUCUUCAAAUAAAGGCCAUAAAAAAAAAUGUUGUAAAUAAUUGACGCAAUAAUGGACUAAUUUCUCUGGAUUAAAAAUGAAGUGUUUUAGGACUUUUUUUAAACGUACCUGGCAUCCGCAACAGAUAAACAACAAUAAUUCGUCGUCAAUAUUUGAAAGUAUUAAAACAAAUGUUCAAAAUACCAAUGCAAUGGAAUUAAAAGAAGUGGACGUGGUCCCACCGACACAGAGUGUCGCAACAUUGACAGUUGUGCAACCAGGAAGUAUACCAUGUCAAAAUAGUGGUUGCAAAAACUGGGGAACCCGUGGUGUACCAGAAAAUCCCUGGCAUGAACUCAAAACUAUAUUUCUUGUUUCUAUUAUUGUUACAUUAAUUUUCUGGAUAGUGAUUUAUGCGUUAUUAGCACAAUAUAAGAUAUUCUGAUGAACAAUAUAUGGGAACAUGAUGAACAGCAUGGACGACGAAAUCUAAAUUGAUUGAAAUUCUUAGUACGAAAAAAAAAAAA